AGGGAAACGGAGACUCCCGGCUCCUUGUUUUUCCAGAAGGAGAGAGGGGGGAGAGAAAGCCACAACUGGGCGGCCGCAGCUGCAGCCAUGGAGCUGAAGGGAAAACUUCUCCUCUUCCAACUUCUGUUUCUUCAAAGGUCCGGGGUCCUAAUGUUCUCAGCGUGGAGCGACCCCGGCAGCUUGGACAGCAUCGUGGUGUCCGAGUCCAACGUGUCCGGCCUGGUGGGGGCCCAGGCCGUGCUGCCCUGCCACAGCGUCCGCAUGGUGUGGACGCAGGACCGGCUGCAGGACCGGCAGCGCGUGCUGCACUGGGAUCUGGAGGGCGACCCCGAGCCCAGCCCCGGCCCCGACUCCGACCCCCGGGCCCGGGCCCGGCCCCGGCCCCGGCCCCACACCGAGCGCCUCUGCGACCUGUAUUCGGCCGGGGACCUGCGCAUCUACCAGGAUUUCAACAACGGCCGCAUCCGACUCAGCCCCACGGCCUUCGAAGAAGGAAACUUCUCCCUGCUCAUCCAGGACGUGGACAAGAGGGACCAGGGCGUCUACUCCUGCAACCUCCAUCACCACUACUGCCACCUCUACGUGACCGUGAAGAUCCGGCUGGAGGUCACCGAUGACCCGCGGGAGUCCGGGGCCUACUGGGACGGGGAGCGCGAGGUGGUGGUGGCGGGCCGGGGCCGCGCGGCGCUGCUGCCCUGCCUCAACGGCGCCCCCGUGUGGACGGAGCGCUCUUCCGAGGAGGCCCAGCAGGUGGCGCACUGGGACCGGCAGCCGCCCGGCGUCCCGCACCACCGCGCCGACCGGCUGCUGGACCUGUACGCGUCCGGCGAGCGGCGGUUCUACGGUCCGGGCCCGCUGCGGCGCCGCCUGGCCCUGGCCCCCGACGCCUUCGCCCGGGGGGACUUCUCGCUCACCAUCCGGGGCCUCGGGCCCCAGGACCGGGGCCUCUACUCCUGCCACCUGCACCACCACUACUGCGGCCUGCACGAGCGACGCCUCUUCCGCGUGGCCGUCGCCGCCCCCGACGACCGCCCCGAGAAGGCCGGAGCCCCGGACAAAGACCCCACCCAGACACACGGCCACAAUGUCAUCAACGUGAUCGUGCCCGAGGGCCGAGCCCAGUUCUUCCAGCAGCUGGGCUACGUGCUGGCCACCCUGCUCCUCUUCCUGCUGCUCCUCAUUGCCGUGCUGCUGGCCACCCGACAGCACCGCCGCAGGGGCCACGAAUACAACCUGAAGAAAUCCGAGGGGCAAGAUGUGAAUCUGAAGGAGUAUGCCGUUGACCCCGGGGACCUGGCUCGGAGCCGGAGUGAAGACAUCCAACUAGAUUUCAAAAACAACAUCCUCAAGGAGCAGGCUGAGCAAGCCAAGAACUUCUCGGCCAAGAACGUCGACUUGGACAAAGAAUUCAGGAAAGAAUAUUGCAAGUGAAGAUCCCCGAAGCUCCUGGCUGGACCAGCGGCUCUUCUCCCCGCCCCUCCCACGCCGCCCGAGAGACGGUCUCCCCGUGGCCACCCCCCUUCCCGCCCUGGCACAACGUCCCUCUCCCUCGCCCGCUGACCCCCGGCCCCCCGCGGCAGCCCGGCGGGCAGACUCGGCUCGCCACCCCGUCCAUCUGGCCUCGGCUCCUGGACUGCCCCGCUGUGCCCUGCUCCUCCCCGGGUGUCCAGCCUGGUGACCUGGCCGGCACCGACCCCAGGAAUCUCACCCCCUCGGCUAGCCUGCCCCGGCUCCGGCCCUUUCCCCGGCGGCAGCGGCCAGGGCCACGGCCUCCUCCCCCUCCGCCCCCAACCCUCCCGGGCGGGCUUCGUGUGAGCAGCUCUGAGGACCGACUGUGGGUCAGCCCCGGGAUGGGGGACACAGGAGUCCGGGGUGCAGACAACACCCCACCUCCCACCCCGGCCCCCUCACUGGCUCUCCGCCCCUCUUCCUCCUUCCCCCUGUGCCCCUCAUUUCCUUCACCCCUCGCCCCUCCGGAUCCUCACAACCUGCCCUCAGCAGGCUCCGGCAGCCAGGUCACCGGGCAGAGUCUCCGGGUCAGACAGCUGGACGCUUCCUGGGUGACGUCACUGUGGGGAGGGGGCGGCUGUUCCACCCCACACUACCUGGAAAGGGACCAGCAGGCCAAUGCACACAAUCCUGAGUGGGAAGCCCAGCCCUACCCUGGCCUUUCUCUCUCCAAUUGCCCUCAUCCUCCUCCCAGCCCAGCCUGUGGCCCGGCCCACCAUCGCUGGGAGAAGAGGAGGGAAGAGAGGCAGAUUGCUGGGGUCCGGGACAUUUCCUCAUUUUGCUGUUCAGUCCCUCUAGGAAGGAGGGGCCGACGAGGGGCCUCUUCUAUGGGCUGGUUCCCCGGGGGGGGCCCUCCCAGCUGGAAAUAAGCAGAAACAUCUCCAAUAAGGAGGAAGGUGGAAGACGGAGGUCCAAAGACCCCGUCCUCAGGACAGGGUUUAGUGGUUCAAAUCCCCGCUUCCCUGCGCCCCGCCUAUUUUUCCCAGUGGGGCCUCGUGCUUGGGAGCACUGAGAUACUUGACACUCCAGGAUGGGGUUAUCCCCAGGCUGGGUGACAAGGUGCUCGUGGAGUGACCCUGGAGGAAGAGAGGCCCUGGGAGAAGGAACUCAUUUCUCAAAUAGAUUCGACGGAAGUAGAUUGGACACAAGUCCCUGUCCCACACGGGCCUCGAGACUGUGAGCUCGUUGUGGGAAGGAAUGAGUCUGUUUGUAC